UUGUAUUACAAUGUUCACAUAAAAAUAUUUGGAUUUUAUAGUAUAUAUAAUAAUGUAAAAUUUUGCAUAUGGCAAAAAGUGUUUAAUUCCCUAGAAUCUCAUUUCAAUUACGAAAGCAAUUGACACGGAUAAAUGGCCAAUUUGAAAGUUGUCUUCUAUCGCCUACGAAUUGUAUUGACAUCUGCAAACGGAAAUCCAGCUAUUGGCUUAAUACAUACUUGCUUAACAAUCAACGAGAAUUGUCAGCAAGCAAUUUGCCAAAUUAUAGGCUAUGUCAUGUCGAUUACAUAGGGAACAAUUGGCCAACGCCUUCGAUGGCGUCAAUUGGCGAAAUAAAAGACGUUUGCCGAGAGUGCUCGGCCACAAAGUGUUGUGGCCACAGUUUCAAGUGGCAUCCAGACAGACAGACAGACACUCGACACAGACUCGACAGCAGCUGAAGAUGGCAGAGAACGAAGAUAUUGCAUUAGUGGCCAUCAAUGUGCGCAUCUGGAGAUACUUUGCAGUGCUCUAUCCAACGGCACAGAGCAAUUGGCGAAAGUACGCGUUUGUGUUGCCCGUUUGUCUGAUGAACGUGAUGCAAUUCCUCUACCUGCUUGAGAUGUGGGGCGAUUUGCCCGCCUUUAUAUUGAAUCUAUUUUUUCUAUCCGCCAUUUUCAAUGCUCUGAUGCGCACCUGUUUGGCCAUCUGGAAGCACAAGGAAUUCGAGCAAUUCCUGGCCAAGCUAACGCUCUUGUAUCGCCAGAUUGAGGCAUCAGGCGAUGAGUAUAUCCAGAGCAUUCUGUUCGAGGUUGUGCGCGAAGCACGUCGCUUGGCGGUCUUCAAUUUGUCGGCCUCCUUUCUGGAUAUAACGGGUGCAUUAAUCUUUACAUUGUUCCGUCAGCAACGUGCGCAUCCUUUUGGCAUUGCGUUGCCUCCGUUGGACUUGCAGCGUACGCCAUUCUACGAGAUUUUCUAUUUAUUGCAAAUACCCACGCCCGUUGUGCUCUCCAUGAUGUACAUGCCCUUUGUCAGUCUGUUUGCUGCAUUUGCGCUCUUUGGCAAGGCGAUGCUGCAGAUUUUGGUCUAUAAAUUGUCGUGCAUUGCAGAGCAAAGGGAGGAGGAGGAACGCUAUCAAAUGCUGGCUGCCUGCAUUCGUUAUCACAUGAGUAUUAUGAGCUAUGUAAAGGAGUUUAAUAUGCUAGUCACAUUUAUUAUAGGUGCCGAAGCAAUUAUCUUUGGUUCGAUCAUCUGUCUGCUGCUCUUCUGUUUGAAUAUUAUCGACUCGCGAACUCAGAUGAUCUCGAUAAUCAUGUACAUAGCCACGAUGCUGUAUGUGCUAUUCACCUAUUACAAUCGGGCCAACGAGUUGGUUAUUCAGAGCUCACUGGUUGCGCAGGCUGUUUACAAUGUGCCCUGGUAUGAGUGUGGGAUGCGUUUUUGUAAAACUCUCUUGAUCUUUCUGAUGCAGACGCAAAGGCCUUUGGAGAUAAGAGCUGGCAACGUUUACCCCAUGACUUUGGCCAUGUUUCAGAGUCUGUUGAAUGCAUCCUAUUCGUACUUUACCACGCUGCGUGGCGUGACCAACAAAUGAGCUGGAAGCCAAAACUUUUUGGCAACGCUUGGACUACAGAGCUGCAGAGAGUUAGUUGUUGGAGGUGUAGCUGGUGUGUGUUGAUGCUGGGCAACUUGCAAUCUGAGUAAUGCAAAAAGUUGUUGUGCUUGUUUUAUCCCGGCAUUUGCAUAUGCUACUCGUUUGCGUAGUUAUUUUGAAAGGAUUUAAUCUGGCUGUUUGUAGCUGCAGCUGUAGUGUUGGCAUGUAGACAUGCUCAUAGUUGUAGUUCCAGUUGUAGUUGCAAGCAAAUAGUUUGUUGCAUUAAGGCAUGCACUGCGUAGCUUGUUUUGUGUUGUUUGCUUUAAAUCUGUUGAAUGCGCUUAGAAAUGUUUCACUUAGUCCAUCGCAAUGGUAUUUAUUCACGAUAUACUUAGUAAUAAGUAAUACGAAUUAAUACAAGCUACGUGAAACAAAAAACGAUUGCUAAAUACUUAUCAUCAGCCUAAAAGUAGGCAACAAUAAUUUAAAGUCCACUUAAUGGGUUGUUUAUGGAUUAAU